GAGAGAGAGAGAGCAUAAAAGAGCAUACUGUCUUCGGUCUCUCGCUCUCUGUGUUCUCUCUCCACAGCCUUCCGUUUUCCUAGGUACCUCGUGUGAUUUCUGAUAGAAACUUUUUGGCCCGCUUUGCUUUGGGCCGAAAACGGAAAAAACCCUAAUCGACAAACCAGAUGGUUGGUUUUGGAGUGGAUGGAGAUGGAAAAUGAAACCCUAACGACCUCCACAGCUGAAGAACAGCUGUCCUUGUUCUAUCGCAUGUAGAUGCACUGACGACUCAGGCUUGUUAGGAUCACCUACAUUCUUCUAGAUCAUCUUUUGUCAUUUCAGGGAGGUUCUUUGCAGUUAUUAGCAUUUCUAUUUGUCCCUUGGUAGAAGGAACAAGUUAUUUGAAACUUAUCCACUUCUCUUAGAAAUGAUUUCACUAAUGCGAUUCUUGUCCUUUUUUUGUUAAUCCAGGAGGUUACUUCGUCCAUUCAGAGGAUUCCAUCUUAUUCUGAUUCUUUCUUGUAUCAUUUUUGACCUGGUCAUUUGUAUGCCAUGUCCUACAAGGGACCAUAUAAUGUCACCAGUGAGUGUGGCUUUGGAGUACAAAUCAUGUGAACCUUGUGAAGAUGAUCAUGAUGUCCGUCUACAAGAUAUAUUUAUUACUGAUGUUAGCUCAACCCAUGCUCAGAGAAUUACACCAACCUACAUGGGUCUUAAGACCGCUUGUGCCAAUGCUGAGUUCUUUUGUUUUCCUUCUACAUUGCCUGGUUUUUUGUCUGAAGAAGACAACUUGGAAUUCUCAAAGAUCCAGGGUGAUGUUUCAUUACAUGGCAGAACAUUUUCAAGUGGAAUGUUGGACAGUAGCGCAAGCCAUAAUUUAGACAAUGGAAGAUUUAAGUUAUUAAAUGGUAGAAUUGUUUCCUGUUCUUUGAACUCUGGAAAGGAACAUUCUGACAUAUCAUACCCUCAAAAUAAUAAUGUUGAUCGGAACCAUCUUGCUUCCUGUAAGGGCCAUAGGUUAAUCUCUAGCACAGACAAGAGCUUGGAGGCAAUUAAAAGAUCGGAUGCUUUUGUUCGUUCUUCAUCACCUCGAGUGGAAAUAAAUCCUCCUUCACUAGAUUGGGGACAAAAGUAUUUAUAUUUUCCUUCAUUAGCUUUUUUGACAGUUGCCAAUACAUUCAACGACGGUGUCUUACAUGUCUACGAACCAUUCAGUACUGACACACAAUUCUAUCCUUGUGAUUUUGAUGAAUUGUUGCUUGGACCUGGAGAAGCUGCUACAAUUUGUUUUGUUUUCUUACCAAGAUGGUUGGGUUUGACUUCAGCUCACUUAGUAAUACAGACAAGCUUUGGGGGUUUCUUGGUUCAUGCUAAAGGUUUUGCUGUUGAGUCUCCCUACAACAUACAACAUCUGGUAGGCCUAGAUAUUUCUUCUGGUGAAAAAUAUAGACAGAACUUGUCUUUGUAUAAUCCUUUUGAUAAUACCCUAAAUGUGGAGGAAGUGGUUGCAUGGAUUUCAGUCUCAUCAGGGAAUACAUCCUACUCUGCAGAGGCUUCUUGUAAACUGGAGAGUUCUGGGGCUUCUGAUGAGUUGAAUUCUUUUCUGAAUGUUAAGGAAUUGUUGGAGAUUAAGAAUGGUCAAGCUGGUCUGCUACAGGUGGGAAUUAGGCCUCGUGACAAAUGGGAGAUUGAUCCUCAAAGCACUGAAGCUAUCAUGGAGAUAGAUUUCUCAUCCACCAUAGAAGGAAAAAUUUUUGGUGCUCUUUGUUUGCAGCUGCAGGGUUCUUCAAUGGAUAGGAUUGAUACACUGAUUGUUCCUAUUGAAUCCGAAGUGCAUGGGAAAGCUGCAUAUAGUGGACUUACAGGUUUGGUUUCAAUGUUUCUUGAGGCUCUUGUGCCAUGUGAUUCCUCAGAAGCAAUUGAUGUUGCUCUCUCUUUCAGAAAUGGGGCUCCAGAUAUGUUAAGGAUUGUCGGUAUUAGUGAGGUUUCAGAAAGUGUGAAUCUUUUUAAGAUCAAAUACAUGGAGGGAUUAAUACUCUUCCCUGGCACUGUUACAAAAAUUGCAGUGGUCACUUAUAAUCCACCUACUGAUCCUCCUCCUGAUAUAUCCAAUAUGUAUUUGGAUUGUAAAUUACUUAUAGUUACAAACAGUUCAGUUAGUCCACAGAUUGAGAUUCCCUGCCAAGAUGUAGUUCACACAUGUUUGAGACAUCAGUCAGUUUCAUACACUGAGUGUGAACUUUAUCCCGAGAAGGAACAACCUGCCUAUGAAAGAGCGGGGGAUUUAGGAGGCAGCAUUCCAUCUCCAUCACAGUUCAAUGCAUUAAAGAUUGCAGAAGUAGAUGAGUUGGUGUUAAAAAAUUGGAGGUCUCAGGGUACAAAAAAUGGCAUGUCUGUGCUUGAUGAUCAUGAGAUUCUCUUCCCAAUGGUUCAGGUUGGGACUCACUGUUCGAAAUGGAUCACUGUCAAAAAUCCAAGUAAAGAACCUGUAGUAAUGCAGCUUAUUCUGAACUCUGUGACUGUCAUUGAUCAAUGCAAGACUUCUGAUAUGUUCUUACAACCCUCAUUCUCAUUUAGUUUGGUUCUGAACAGCUCUACUGCACCAACAAAGUAUGGGUUCUCAAUAACAGAGACUGCAGUAACGGAGGCCUAUGUCCAUCCUAAUGGCACGGCUCUUUUUGGGCCAAUUGUCUUUUACCCUUCACAUCGAUGUCUCUGGAGAAGUUCAGCACUGAUAAGGAACAAUCUUUCAGGUGUAGAGUGGUUGCCUCUACGGGGAUUUGGAGGAUCAGUUUCGUUGGUCCUGAUUGAGGGGUCUAAGCCUGUUCAGAGCCUUGAGUUCAACCUAAACAUGCCAAUUCCUCUCAAUAUAUCUCCGCAGUCUUUAUUUCACAAGGAUGACACUAGUUCCAUCUGUUCUCAGCCAUUGGUGAAAGAGUUAUUUGCCAAAAACAUAGGGGAUCUGCCACUAGUAGUAAAAAGAAUUGAAGUUUCAGGAACAGAUUGUCAGUUGGAUGGGUUUAUGGUACAUACUUGUAAAGGUUUUGCUCUUGAACCAGGGGAGUCAACAAGGCUUCUGAUCUCAUUUGAAACAGACUUUACUGCUGCAGUGGUUCACAGAGAUCUUGAGCUGGCCUUAGCCACUGGUAUAUUUGUGAUCCCCAUGAAAGCAAGUCUUCCAGUGGAUGUCUUCAAUCUCUGUAGGAGGUCAUUGUUACAUAUGCUGCUGAUAAAAUUCUCUGUGCUCUUUGUUGCAGCUUCUUUAUUGUUUCUUAUCUUCUGCUGCAUCUUUCCUCAACCAAUGUCUUUGGUUGCUGUUGAUUGCUACUUGCUUAAGAGUGAAAAAACUUCCAUCAUUACUAUUGGCAGGGCUGGAAAACCUUCUCGCAGUCAUCAUAAUCAAAGAAACAAUAUAUCUUCUAUGUGUAGUAAUGGGGACAAUAUGAUCAGGUCAGUUAGGGAAGAUGAAACCACAGAUAUGGCGUUUAUUGGUAGAUACUCUGAUUGUCCAAGUGCAGAACAGGGACUAAUUGCUUCACAUACAAAACUGAAGCAGGGUAACCAAGAAAGGACUAUCAAUGUGUCAGAACCUCAAAAAGAAGCACUCUUGUUUUCAUCAUCUUCAGUGUCGAAAUCUGCAGCAUUUGUUGAGAGCUCUAGUUUGGUGGAAUCACCACAAACUGGUAAUCUCACAGUUAGGAUUGAGAAAGAAAAGGGAAGACGACGAAGGAAGAAAAAACCAGCUGGUGUAGGUGCAGGAUUAACGGGAGCUCUUGAGGUUUCAAGCAGUCAGAGUGGGAAUUCUACACCUUCUUCACCCCUGUCUCCUGUCACAUCCUUCACACCGAAAAGAGUAUGGCCUCUAUCUCCUGACACAGACAAUGCAAUUGAGAAUAAGAGUUCAUUUGCAAGAUUGGCAGAUCAGAGCCAUGAGAAGGGACAAAUCCCUGAAAUUGCUAGAGAUGAUAGGUUGUUGGAGCCUGAGGUUUCUUCUAAGUCUGGAAGCAGAAAUUGUUUACUUUCUGGCCCUGAGCAAUCAUCUGUGCUAAGAAAAGUGACAAGCAAACCCGUGCUAUUGCCAUCUGCCACUUUUCCAAGUUCAGGACGGCGUGCACCUUAUGCCACAAGCAAUCCUUCAUUUUUGGCUUCAACCUCUGCAAUUUCCCCUGAUGCUCGUGCUCCAGGAUCCAAACCUAUGAAGGAGAAGACGGCAAAAUUAGAGAAGACUGGAUCUGUGGAUGAGUUCAGAUAUGACAUAUGGGGGAACCAUUUUUCUGGAUUUCAUCUGAUGGGUAGGACAAAGGAUGUUUCAACAAUGAUCUCCAGUGCUUCUGAUGGCAGCUCUGAUAGCUUUUUUGUUAGGGGCCCACAGAUCCUUGCGAGGAAAUCUCAAACAAGAUCAGAAUCUCUUUCUCCUAAAUUAUCUAAUUGUGCUGCAAGUUGCCAUCACCUAAAGGGUUAAUUAUAAAUGUUUAGUAAUUAUUAGUUUUUAAAUUUGUCCUCCUAUUUCUAAUUUAUAUCCAUGUUCAUAGAAGACACACACACAAAAGGGAAAAAAAGAGCACGCAUACACACACCACCAGCACCACAAAGUUUUUCAUGUUUGAUGGCAAAAAAUGAAUGUGUCAACUUGCUUCA